AUGCAAGAUUGGAAGAUUGCGGAGCUCCAAGAUUUGUUGACACUGCUAUAUGGGCAAGACACGCCCCAGCCAUCUUGUGAUUCUUGGAGAUGGGGUUUGCGUGGCGAUGGUUUGUUUACCGUGAAGUCCUUUUACCAGAGUAUGUUGGUGAGAGAGGAGGCCACUUUUCCAUACUCCUCGACCUGGAUUCCUAAGGCGCCCACGAAGGUGUGCUUUUUUGCAUGGCUAGCGGCAAGGGGAAUGCUUUUGACUGCUGAAAAUCUGCGAAAGAGAAGAAUUACACUUGUUAGUUGGUGCUACAUGUGUAAAAGCUCAAGGAAAGAAGUUGAUCAUCUUUUGUUGCAUUGCCCUGUGUUCUCGGCUUUGUGGAGGGCAAUCCUGAAUCUUGGUGUUCAAUGGGUGAUGCCAAGCACUGUAAAGAAAAUGUUAUAUAGCUGGGCUGGUUUCCGUAGAAGAAGAAAGCAAAAGGGGUGGAAGUUCGCCCCGUUUGCUCUCAUGUGGAUAGUUUGGGGGGAGAGAAAUAGGAGGGCUUUUGAGGGGAUUGAGUCUCCUUUUUCACAUCUUAAGAAUAGUCUUUUAUCUUUGAUCGCUUUUUGGUGCACUCAUAUAGCUCCUACUUGUAUAGAAAAUUGGGCGUCUUUUGUAGAGAAUCAUGUUCUGAUGUAA